UGUUCGCAGUGUUAACUCCUGACUACGAGUUGAGGUUGCAAAUGCAAGCGUUUAAGUUUGAGUUCACUUUGAUGCACUAACGUCACUGUAUUGCUGCAUACAGUCUACAGCUUGAAACUCUUAUCAAGUUCAUCGUGUUCUGGAGGAGUGUCCAAACCAGAUAGGAAAUUGACGCAAGUUAAUGAAGAUAGAGUGUUUACGAAGAUCGCAUCUGAAAAGCAAGUACUCAUGUUCAGUGUAAUGGAAGGUAAAUAACUUUUUAUGAGGAGGAAAUUCUCACUGAUUUUGCCGUACGCUUCAGAGAUACAAGCAAUUUUGAUCGACAUAGCUGUGGGCUGCAAGUUACACAAACAAACGCAGUCUUUCCCAGCAGGUAUAGUUUGUUAUCAUUUUCACCUAACACACCGAAGCUAUGGAAAAAACUGAGAACGAUUCAAACAUUAUCACGAAUCGCACAAGUUCCGACAUUCUUACGUGCUCUAUUUGCUUGGAAAGUGUUCGCAAGCAACGAGCGAGCACCCACCAAAAAUGCGCCGCUGCCUUCUGCGAGUCGUGCCUUGGCGCCUACAUACGAUUAGAAAUAACCCAGGGGAAAUGGAAAGUUGAAUGCGCGAACUGCAGCUCGUUGCUUGCUAAAGAAAUAAUCCAUAAGUUCUUGGAGGAGUACCCUUUACUUCAAGAGCAUUUAACUCGUCUGGUAGCAGAUGCGAAUCAAGAUCCUCUGGUCAAAACAUGUCCAAAUUGCGGCGGAAGAAAACGCGUUAAGAAUCACAAAACAAAACGAGUAGCGUGUGAAGAGUGUCAUUUCGACUGGUGCUUUACAUGCCAUGCUCCAUGGCAUAAAUCAAUGAGCUGCAAGGACUUUAAACGAGGAAACAAGAUGUUUAAAAAAUGGACGAAAGACACCACCGAAUGUGGCACGGGUAUAAACGCACGUCCUUGUCCGAAAUGCAAAGUUUUUAUCCAAAGACAAGACGGUUGCGAUCAAAUGACUUGUCCCCGGUGUCGUACAACCUUUUGCUAUCUUUGCGGCAAGAAGAUCGUGCAUAGUACAUUGUUUGGCAGCCACUGGAGUAUCUACAGUGUGUUAGGAUGUAGGUAUAUUUAUAAACCGCAUCACCCUGUGCAAAGAAAGGUCAUUAGAGGUUUUUUACUAGCUGUGGUACUAGCUUCGCUGCCAGUUUUUGCCACCAUCUUUGUGGCUUUAUCCCCUGUGUAUGGAGUUUAUAGGUUACAUAAAUGCACUCGUAAGCAGUAGACGUUUACGAUUAAGGUUUGAAUGAAGCUAACCGUUCAUUUUUAAAAUUAUCUCAU